AUGGCGAAGAAGGUGUUGAUGACAUCCGACGGCGACGAGGUUUCCCGAAACAUAGCUUUCCAUCUAGCCAAACACGGUUGCCGGUUGGUAAUGAUGGGAAAGGAGGCAUCUCUAAGGAGCGUUGCAGAGAAGAUAAGAGAUUCCAUAGAGGGAGCCUUCCCAGUGGAGGUCAUCGGGAUGGACAUGGAAGCUGAGAGCGAGGAAGCUUUCGAUUGCGCUGUGCAAAGGGCGUGGACUUGCUUGGGCAAUGUGGAUGCCUUUCUCAACUGCUACACCUACCACGGGAAGGUGCAGGACAUUCUCCAAGUCUCUCAAGGAGAGUUGGAGAGGAUCGCAAAGAUCAAUCUCACGGCUCCGUGGUUCCUGCUCAAGGCUGUGGCGCGGAGGAUGAAGGAGCAUGGAUCAGGAGGCUCCAUUCUCUUUAUGGCCACCAUCGCCAGCGGGGAGAGGGGGCUCUACCCUGGAGCUGAUGCCUACUCUGCGACCUCUGCUGCUAUUCAUCAGCUCGUUCGGGCAUCAGCCAUGAGCCUUGGGAAGCACAGGAUUCGUGUGAACAUGAUCUCUAGAGGGCUGCACCUUGGGGAUGAGUAUCCAGCUUCCGUCGGGAUAGAUCGAGCGGAGGAGCUGGUCAAGAACGCUGCACCGCUCGGCCGUUGGCUCGACCCCCACAAGGAUCUCUACUCCUCUGUCAUUUACUUUGUCAGCGACGGCUCUCGCUUCAUGACUGGCACCACUGUUUUGGUCGAUGGAGCGCAGUCUCUUAUGCGACCCCGUUUCAAAUCCUACAUGUGA